CUCCAGGACAACAGGCUAUAUACAAACGGAGUAUCACCGUCUCACCAGGACGCAUUUGGUUGCUACUCGGAACCGUGCCAAGACAACCACUGCCUAUCAAGCCGAGAUCCCACAGCUCCAAGUCUGCCAAGAAAACCAGGAGUCCAAAAACUCUAAAAAAAGAAAUCUUCUUCCAAAUGCAACAAGAUGGAGGUGGACAUCCUCAGCUCUGCAGCCAUGGAGAACCUCUACUACAUAUCCCACAAUGCACCAGACUGUCUGGAGUACAGAGGGUUUGGGUGGCCAAAUUCCCAAAGAAGAAGGGAACAAAACAGAAGAACAGAUAAGAUUUGCCAAACAUUAAAAGGGUUACAGCGCCAUCUGUUGAGAGAACAUUUUUAGUGUAAGAGUUGAGGCUCAAAGGAAUGAGAAUGUUAUUAAUGUCAUUUUCUGUAACUUUAUUGUAGGCUUGAGGAUUGAGAACAAUGUUUGUGAAGGUGUAGCAAAACGUUUGGCAGUUGUUACUAAAAAUUCAGAAGGUAGUUUAAUUAUGUUGUACAUCUCAAUGCACUUUAAACAUUAUCAUCACACUGCAUUAUAAAAAAAAAA